AACAAGUCCAACAAGUCAAGUCAGCUUCUGGACUUGAAUUGACUUGAACAGGCUUUCGGGCGACUUGACUUGCCUCCCAACAAGCUGACUUGGCUUGACUUGUAUACGACUUGGCUUGUGUGCAGCACUGGUUUCCCCAACAGACCACAGUACUUGUUUUCGACAUCGCGUGGCAAUCCACCAGACAUCACAUCGCCAGAAAGCUUUCUCUCCAUUUUAACUUGACGACUAGAGGUAGUCUAACUUUCCAUACAAGCAAGCUCAAACUAUUCACCACCGACCCAACCCAAAAUGGCAGACGAAAAGAACAACAACAGCUAUGACGAGCCUAACCUCGAGGAGCCCCAGCCUGCGACAACAACAACAACAACCACCGCCAACGGCAACGCUACCAACACCACCAACGGCAACGCUACCAACACCACCAACGGCAACACUACCAACACUACCAACGACUUUUACACGUCAUCCGACCCAGCCUCAGAAUUGUACAUAGCCUCAAGAGAAGUAAGAGAAGCCUUCGCCGCACUCUCCUUAUCCUCCCCCUCUAUAGAGGUACCCACUGCAUCAACCACGCAGCAACAACCAAACCCACAACAACCAAACCCACAACAACCAAACCCACAACAACCAAACCCGCAACCAAACCCACCACGCACACUCCCAGCCACACCCUCUGAUAUCCGCCGCUAUAUAUCCCAACUGGGCAACCACUUCAGGGCUAUGGGACGGUAUUUUGGCGAAGACAUCACGCGGUACGGUUCUCUGCAGAAUGCAGAGCUGUUCAGGCAGACGAUUGCGGUGUAUGCAGAGGUUGCGCAUGGGGUGUUGAGGGAGGUGGAUAAGUUCGAGGAGGGUAGGGAUGAGAUUGAGUAUGAGAGUGAGACUGAUGGGAGUGAGGUUAAUGGGAGUGAGGUUAAUGGGAGUGAGGUUAAUGGGAGUGAGGUUAAUGGGAGUGAGGUUAAUGGGAGUGAGGUUAAUGGGAGUGAGGUUAAUGGGAGGGAGAGGGGGCAGGAAGAGGACGGGGAACGUCAGCCAUGAUGAGCUUGAUGG